UCCAUUUUUCUAUUGUAAAUACCACACGCAGUAUUAUAAUAUCUACUGCAGUGCGUGCGAUUUUACAGCAUCGUAACAGGACUUGGUUUGAGGCAGACAUUUUAAACAGACAAUCAAGCAAGUUACCCCUGAUAUGCAGGCCACGUCUCAUCCCACCCAGCCCGGAGUUCCGGGCCAGACUGUCUACGUCCACCAGCCCGCUCCAGUCAGCUAUGCCAAUACGGUGCAGAACCCUAACUCGACGAGUGGCGUGUCGCAGAAGUUUAACGGAUCUGCCGGGAGAGCGACUGGUUUGCUACAUUUGUCCCUCAGCAUCGGGAGCAUCGUCGUCGCCAUUACCGAGUUUGUUAUUGGCACCCCAGCAGGCUAUGUUGCCAUGGGAAUUUGGGCAAGUGUUCUGUUCUACAUUCCUACCGGUAUCUUAGGAAUAUGUUCAAAGCAGAAGAACACUUGCGUGAUCAUCGGCUAUCUUACGAUGUGUAUCAUCACAGCAAAUGUUGCCUUUGCUCAAAUGAUUGUUGGUGCCAUUGGGGCAGUAUUGACCAGUAACUAUCCCUAUUACUAUAACUAUGGCGACAGUGAUCGAGGAAUAGUGGAAGGAGGCAUCGCAUCUGACUCACUGUUGGCCAUCUUUGGCCUGAUCGAGAUGGUGGUAGCCAUUGUGGCUUCAGCCUUCUGUUGUGGUGGCAUGGCCUGUUGUCACUCGUCUUCACCAACAACCACCACUGUGUACACCCACCAGAACAUUCCGAUGGUUGUGACAACCGACCAGUACACUCAGCCGGCGGGAAUUGCUCAGCUCCCUCCCGGACACAACGUUCAGCAGGCGUAUCCCCCUGCUGGCCAGCCUGUUGCUCCAGCUCCCUACAACCAAGCUCCUGCUGUCCUGUACAACCAGGCUCCUGGUGCCCCCUACAACCAGGCUCCUGUUGCCCCGUACAACCAAGCUCCUGCUGCUCCGUCGAACUAGGCUCCCUCUUACUCGCACAACUAACAAGCAGCUGCUGCACCCAUCAGGUCUGGCGAAAUGGUCGCUUAAAUGCGUUAAAAAAAUGUUUCUUAUUAAUAAAACUACUCGGAUAUGUAGAUGUUUAUAUUCGGAAUAACAAGCCAUAACUAUAUUUUUGAUAAAUAAAAUUCAAGCCUACUCUGAGACACACGGAUAUCCAGAGAAAAAGUAGUUCAUCCUCACACACUUUUUAUUAUUCUGAAGAGAGUGGUUUCGAUUGUUAGCCGUGAUACAGUGAUUAUAAUUUUACAUCAAUUCUUAUCUAAUUUCCUCAAUUGGUAAUUAAAAUAUAGCAGAUGAAGAAAACAAAGCUAAAAUAAUGGCUGAUCUUUUUUGAUAGCUACGCAUAAAGUCAAGAAAAACAAACAUGUUAUCCUUACAUGAUAUAACAUAGCAAACUAUAUUAUACAAAAAUAUGUGGUAUGAAAGUAAAAUAAGUGUCCUCUUUUCAUCACGUGAAGCUAAAACCCCCCUCACCCAUCAUUCCACCCAACUUGGGAAAUAGAGAACCCUUUUUGUUACUAUUUAUUAAGCGGCUGGGCUUCAAUUGAAUACUCUUGAUGACUGCACAGAAAGAUCUGUGAAAAGAACAAAGAUAUCAACAACAAAUAACAUUAACAGCAUAAAACAGCUGAAUGUCACAGUGCGAAAAAUAUGUAACCAGCCAACUUGUAGACGAAAAGUUAUGCAUACUGCAUUUAAACUAAAUGGGCUGAUAUUCCCUAACUGCUUUAUAAAUCAUCAAAAUGUUAAUUCAGAGGACCAAACAAGAACAUUUUAAAUUGUAAUAAAAUAAAUUGAAGAAAAAUUUAUUUUACUUCGAUAUAGAUACAAACCGUUUGUUUGUAUGUUGAUUCAGUAUCCCUAUAACCUUGAAAAUAAGUAGCCUUUUUCUAGUUGCCUGAAGUGUAGUGGAAUAUAUCCAAUUACCGGUGUAUAUUUGUUUACCUGAUGAUAUAUUAAUAUUGUGCCUUUCGAUCUUUUGACUGUCAUUUUGGAAGUAAUCAAUUCGUCAAUUAAUUAAGUUGACGAAGAUCGAUGAGAAUUUAAGACAAAAGAUGAUUUAAAGUGUAAAUAAUUUCAGAUAAUUGUGUGAAAUUGAUCUUUGCUGAAUUCUAAACAUAAGAUAAAUCAAUGCGUACGUGGUAUGAUAGUUCAAAUAACUUCAUAAUCUAAACUAAAUACAAAAGCAAUUCUGUACAAAACCUUCAAUGAAUUAUCGUUGUUAAGUGGCUGAAACGCAAAACAGAGUGCCAUUAACAGGUCAAAUUUUGAAACAAGAAAACAAAUGAAAAGGGAAAAGAUUCCUUUUACAACAAUAAGGUGGGUAAUUUAAGUUGUGUCCUGUGUUUACUGCAUUUUUCUGUUUCAUUUAGAACUGAUUUAUAGGGCGAAUUAUACAAAAGUACAACAGACAGAAAUUAACAAAAAGAAGACAAAACAAAACAUCAUUGAAAUUAGUAUAUGUUAUUUUAAAACAAUUUGAAUUUUAGAUUCGUUGACAUUACAUAAACAGUACAAUACCUUA